CACCUGUAGAGUAUAUAAAGUGACUCCGUGUUGAUGAGAGGUCGUAUAAGGAAUCUACUGAACUUACCUGUUCAUCAUGAUGAAGCUGCUUCUUUCUCUGACUCUCAUCUGGGCGCUCUCCAGCACAGGUGAAGCACUUGUGUGUGAAAAUUGUACAGAUGUUACCUGUUCAACCACAUCAGCAGCUACAUGUCCCACAGACACGAUGUGUAUCACAGCUUCCAUUCAAGCCGUUUCAUCUGGGACUCCUGGACAGCAAAUCUACAAGGCCUGUGCCCACCCCUCCCUGUGUCCAGCCACAGGCUCUCAGACAUUUUCAGUGAACUUGGGUGUUUCCAGUGCACUUGCAAGUGCUACAUGCUGCAACACAGACAACUGCAACUCUGUCACUCCUCCUUUCCCUGUGGUUCCAGCAGUUAACAGUCUACAGUGUCACUUCUGUAACCCCAUGACCUCUGAUUGCAGCUCUUCAGUACAAUGUAGGGGAACAGAGGAUCGCUGCUUUCAAGCCAAUGUGACGAAUACAGGCGGCACUUCUCCAGCUUUUGGCUGUGCAUCUAAUAAUCUGUGUGCAGCUGCUGCGGGCCUGGGGUCACUGCCUUUCAUGCAAAGUGUUGGUAACAUUACCAGUGGACCAGCCUGUUGUGGGACUAGUUUGUGUAACACUCUCACUACAACAACAACAACAACAACAACAACAACAACCCCAACAACGACUACCACUACCCCAACUACAACAACCACUACAACCACCACUGCCAGUGAUGCCUGUUGUGUCAGAAUGGGAAUGCUGCAUCUGCUGAUUGGACUCCUCAUUUUCAUCCUAUUUUAGAAUUCAGAACAAAAAUGGAUGAACCUUUUAAUCCCUUGGAAAGACUCUGAGAGAACCUUUAGAAGUCUAGUCUUUGGUUUACUUGCUGCCAUCUUUGAUUGGUAGUCACAGAUAUUAUAAAAUACAUAUUUAGUCGACAGGGGAUAUGGUCUGGGUGAAGUUAAAGUGAGCUAAAUCAGCACCAAUGAUAUAGACAGAUGCACACAAAAUUUUAAUUUAACUUUUAAUCAGUUUGUUAGCCUUAAUUUAAGUGACACAUAUGUGUGUUAUUUCACAAAAGAAGAACUAUGUACUGUGUUAGAUGUUGUAAUCAUUCAUUAAAACGACUAAAAAACAACGUUAUUUCUGCUGUCAGUCCCUUUCUGAUAAAAUCAUAUCGGGACCAGCUUCAUCAAAUAACAAAGGUUACGUUUUUCCAGCUGCUUUAGGAGCGAAACUGUGACGUCCUGUCGUUUUUGUUUGUUAAUUUCUGUCUCUUUGUAUUUUCUGUUUCCUGUUUUAUUUUGAAGUCUCACUUUCCUUGUGUGUUGUUUCUGUCCUAACUUCCUGGCCUUGAUUGUCAUCCCCAAUCCUCAUGUGUUUAAUUGCCCCUGCCUUCCCUCUGUGUAUUUAAGCCUCUGUGUUUCCCUUUGUCCUCUGUCGGUUCGUUUGUUCUUCUACUCGUUUUUACACGUCGUCAUCUAUGGUUUGUUAUGUCCUGCUGUCUAGCUCAGCUUCUCUUUCCUUGCUCUCCGUGCACCUUGUCGCCAGUCCUUACUUGUUAGUGUUCAUGUUUUGUUUUUGUCUUGUUUUAAGACUCCUUUUUAUAUUAAAUACCUUUUUGUUUGUAACCUCGGCAUCCUGGGUCCAUCUCCUUCCUCAAACCGUGACAGAAACCGUAGCAUUUGGUUUAUUUAUAUGUUGUUUUUAUUCUGGGUCAGUCAUAUAGAUGCAGAGAGGCUAAAACAGGAAGAAAUUUUAGAGGUGGGAACUUUAUCACCAGUUUUGUUUGCAACUCCUUUUUAAAGACCUAAUAAAUUCAAGUUAAAUGUUCUUGAUUUGAUAGUCAGUAAAAAGUUAAGGUUUUUUUCCUGUGUGUGACGCAGUUGCUAAAUUGAUGACAUUGUUUGGUGCAUCCCAGUAAGUGUUCAGCUAAAUAAUGAA